CAGCAAUCAGUCGGCAACACAACAUUGAUAUACGCCAAUAGAUACUUUACUAUUUAAAAUCUUCUUUCGAGAACAACACAUCUACAGUCCGUGUCGAGAUGCGACCCCUGUCCCGAUGUGACUUUGAAAUAGCGAUCAUCUGCGCUCUUUCUCCUGGGGUAAACGCGAUUGAAACCCUUUUUGACGAACAUUACGAUGACCUGGAUCACCUUUAUGAAAAGCAAGACGGUGAUCUUAAUAUAUAUAAAACAGGACGAAUAGGUAGACACUACGUUGUGCUAGUCUAUAUGCCCGGGAAGGGUAAUCGCAGAUCUGCGAGUGUCUCCAGCGGCCUUCGAAUCAGCUUCACUGGUAUUAGAUUGGCGUUAGUAGUCGGAAUCUGUGGAGGAAUACCUUACUCAUCUGAGGGCGAUGAAAUUAUACUGGGCGAUGUGAUUAUCAGCGACAGUAUAGUUGAGUAUGAUGUUGGUCGUCAAUAUAUCCAUAAGUUCGAGAGAGAGCGAAGUGUGAAAGAAGUUCUCGGGCCGCCCAAUCGAGAAAUUCGAACCUUUUUGAGGCGGUUAGAAACGCGCCGGACGAGACUCCAAAUUCAAGAAAAACUGAUGCAGGGUCUUUCUUAUCUCCAGCAGCAUGAUAAGGAUGAUUGGCAGUAUCCUGGAGUGUCUAAAGAUAUUCUUUUUGAUGCCUCUUAUAUCCACAAUCACAUCCAAUAUCCCACAGAACAACCACAUACAAAUUGCUGUACCCAAGCAUCAAGUUUCAGCUGCCAAGAUAUCGGAUGCUCUGGGCAAUUGAUCCAGCGGUGUCGACUAAAAGAUACAGAACAACCGGAGCCGCGUAUCCAUAUUGGUACAAUUGGGUCUGCGAAUUCGAUGAUGAAAUUCGGCGAAAUGCGUGAUCAACUGAGUAGAAGUGAAGGUAUUGUUUGCUUCGAGAUGGAGGGCGCUGGAGUAUGGGACAAUCUCCCAUGCGUUGUUGUCAAAGGGGUGUCUAACUACGCCGAUGGUCAUGUUAAUAAAAUGUGGCAGAGCUAUGCGGCAGCUGCUGCUGCUUCUUGUACCAAAGCAUUCUUGGAAUACUGGCCAACUACGGCCAAUGAAAACCGAACCAUAUAUCGACCAUAUUCGCCAUUGAUUAUACCAGUUGACAGAGAUGGAAUGUUUACCCAUCAAAACGAACGUGUCACCUUUGAGGUGACCAAACAAAAAAUAAUUGAAACAACAACCAAGUAUACAAUAGGCGACACUACGAAAAAUUACGAAAAAGACGUGAUACCGCUGCAGCAUCAAAGAUUGGAAGUGGCCCCAUCAACAGUGCUGGAAGAUGGGAAAAUUGAAGAAAACAAAUAGCUCUAUUCUAACAUAAACGACUCUUUGGAACAUGAAAAUUGUUCAAUGCGAUGGUUUCACAAUCAACAAGAAUCUUGUGAAGUAUAAAUUCUACUUGAGAGAUAGUAUUUUGUGUAGCUAGAUAUCUAUCAUUUGAUGAUCUAGUACGCAUAGUAUUAGAGAUGCUACUAUAUUAGUUUCAAUAGCAGAAUAUUAGCGUUCUCGGACACUAUUCUACCUGCC